UCUAAUUAUUUACAUACUGAUAAACAUUAAAUGAGCGUUUAUUUGUCCAAUGAUGCCUUUACGCUUUAUAUUUCUUUCGUUCUUUAUAAGCUUUAUUUAUACACAAUCAUGUCGAGAAAGUGACUUACAAAUAAAAAGCACAAGUUGUGAUACCUCUGGAAGUAGAUGGCUUUUCAAAAUACCAAAGGAUGAUAGAAAAUGUGACCUAAACAGUUUGAGUUUACCAAGGAAAGUAGACAAUUGUGAGACAACUUGUCCAAGUGGAAUGCAUCUUAACCUAUUGUCACAGAACUGUGAGGUCUGUCCAUCCGGAACGUAUUCAACAGGUGAUAUGCUUGAAGUAACGAAAUGGGAUUCGAUGCCAGAUUUUCUGACCUCUGAUACGACGUAUGGAAGUUUAACUAAUGAAAAAUGCAACUUAACUGGUUGGUCACCUCAAGGUAAACACCUAGUUGGGAAAACAACAGGCAGUUGCACUGUGAUACUUUCAAUGAAAGUUCAUAAUCUUAAGCCUGGAACAAUAACGUUUACAUAUCAAGUUGAAGAAUAUGGAGCAUUGGCUUUCUUUAUUAUAAGAAAUGAACGAUGUACACAAUUACCCGGUGGGAGUUUUCUUUUAGGUCUUACCGGAUCGUAUGCAUAUGAGACUGUGACAUUCAGCGUUCCAGUUGGCCACAAUAUUCUUCAAUGGUAUUUACUUGUUGAAAAUGUUUAUAUACAACAAUUGUAUGGAUUAAAAGAUCCUGAAUUACAUAUUAAAGAAAUUCGUUUAACUGGAACUCCACCAGUGACUGUAUGUACGCCAUGUGCAGCUGGCAGUUUUGGACCACGAGAAAAAGCUGAUCGUUGUGAGUUAUGUCCAAGAAACACAUAUUCAUCUGAAGGAGCCGAAUCAUGUAAAUCAUGUCCAGCAGAUCAGUAUUCAGGUAAUGGAUCUUCAAGUUGUAGUCCACGUCCCCCAUGUAAGAAAGAUGAUUAUACAAGUUAUUGGACAUCGUGUGAUCAACAACAAAUGACACAACGUAAAUGGAAGUGGAUUGAACCAAAAAUAUGUGAUGAAAAUAGUGGUGUUUCUUUACCACAAACAGAGAGUCCAGUAGAUUGUCACAAGUGUCCAACUGGUACAUUUCCAUUAGAUGGUAAUACAUGUGAAUUAUGCUCAGUUGGUAUGAAGAAACAUUUAUCAAAUUUAGAAACUUGUGUUACAUGUCCAACUAAUGAAGUUCCAAUGUAUGGUUUACGUUUUGAUAAUUGGUAUCGUAUGCCGUCUAUACUGAAAUUGGAUUGUUACAAUUUCUUUGGGACGAAAUGUAAUACAUGGGAACGUGAUCUAACAUUAUUACGUGGUGGAGUUGGCAUGCAUUCAGAUGAAUUGGCAACAUUGGAACUCCCAAUUAAGGAUGGUUUUAUUACAGCAUCAAUAAUUGAUUCAACUGACGAGUAUUCUUUUUAUUUUCAGCCACCUAUCUCUAAUACAUUUGUACGUAUUGAAUUCCAAUUAGAUUGUGUUGGUAGAUGUCAGUUUUCUAUGAAACAAGUUUUUGUCGCUGGUAAUGAAAAAAUGAUUGCUAUCUGGGGUGGAUCAUCAAACCGAAGAAAUUUCACGUAUCAUAUAAAAGAUGCAAGUGAAGUUACAUUUAAGUGGAUUUUUGAAAAACCAAGCUCACCAAUUCAUAUACAAGAUCAUGUAAAUAUUUAUCAAAUUGAAGUAACCAAUGUGAAAAAUGAUAAUAUUAUCGGAUGUCAAACAUGUAUUCAAGGAAUUGUCAAUGGAAAGUGUAAAACAUGUCCAUCUGGUCUAUAUUAUUCAGUACAAUAUGAUGAAAUUAAUAAAACAAAUAUAAUCAAUUGUACAAAAUGUCCAAAUAAUUCCAUUGUAGUUGGUGAUGCAUCCAGUUUACAUACAGUUACAGAAGCAUGUCAUUUAUGUGAACCAGGUACAAUUGCAGUGAAUCAUAGUAUAUGUGUGACUGAUACACAACCAAUUACAGCGUCUGGUUUUCAAUAUAAUUUAACUGAUGUGAUUGACAGAGUUCAUCAUGUCUCCAGUCCAAAAAUGUUUACUCCAUCAGGAACCGGGUACUAUCAUGAAUUUCUUAUAAGUAUGGCAUAUGGUAAAACAGUCCAAUGUAUAGAGAAUUCUUCAAUUUAUGAUCAACAUACCGUGAAUGCUUCAAUUUGUCGACAUACGAGGUUUGAGGCGUCCAAUCAAAGGCGUAAAGAAACAUACUCAAAACCAACAAGACUAGCUGAUCGCCUUAUUCGUAUGGUGCCCAGUAAUGUGACACUAGACUUUUGGCAAGAAGUAAACAAAAAUUUGACAAAAGCAGGCUGGAUGGAAGACAAAUUCGGUAACGAUUUACAUUAUAUAUUUGCUUCUGAUGAUCAUAGUUCCAAUUGUCCUCAUGGACGAACUACAGUCAUUACAUUACGAUGUGUAUUUACUCAAAAUUUUGAAACAUUCAUGUAUCAAGUAAAAGAUUUCAGUGAAUAUAUAACUGGUAAAAUUGAAUUACCACCAUUGUGUCCAGAUGGUACUUGUGAUGGAUGUACCUAUCAUUUUCUAUGGACUUCAAUGUAUGCUUGUCGUAUGUGUCAAGAAAAUGAUUAUGAAAAAAUUCUUAGUGAGUGUAGUUAUGGUCGUAGACAGGUUCAUCUUCGUGCUCCAUGGGAAUGUCGUGUUCCACAGAACAGAAAUCUCACCCUCAUUGAAAGUUGUCCACUUUUGUCUAAAUCUCAAACAGCUGCCGUUCUAUUGACUGUAAUAAUUCUAAUUAUUUUAGGAUUAAUCAUCUUCAUGUGUCAUCGUCGAAAUAAGAAACUAGAAUAUAAAUACAUGAAACUUGUUCAAAGUACAUCGGGGAAAAAUCAAGUAACUAGUUGUGCAAUAGAAGGUGACGGCGAUAUGGAUAAAGGAGGAAGUGUAUAUUACACUACAAUGAAUAAUAAUAAUAACAGUAAUAAUAAUAAUAAUAAUAAUGAUAAUUAUAAUAAAACACGAAUUAAAUCACCUCCAAGUUAUGCUGAUUCAACUGGAAUUGUAUUAGAACCAAAUGAAUUUUUGAAAAAUGAUCAUUUCACACAAAUGGGAUUUAAGGGAUUGCCUAAAGUGAAUCUCCCACCGAUUAUCUACAAAAGUAAAUCGGAUACGGACCGUGACAUUCUUACAGAGAAUGAUCAUGUUUUAUGAAGAAAAUAAAAUGUCACAUCCAAUAAUCAAUCAUCAGUAAAAUUUUACUCUCGCCCACUCCUUAUAAAACACUUUCUCAUGGGAAAGCAACAAGGUGACAUAGUUUUCUUCUCUUAUACUACCAUCUUUGUUUCUCAUUGAACCAUAAUCUCACUCAUUUUCGACAAAAAAUUCAUUCAUGCCAGUUGAAAAGUUAUUGUUUCUUUCACUACGUGUAUGUGAGUAUGUCUAAAUGACUGCGCGUACACGUGUGAAGAUUCGAUGUGUGUAUGUGUGUGUAUCUCCCCCUUUAUCAAAAAUAUGUACACCUGUUUAUACUCAUUAUUCAUAGUUAUUACUAUUAUUAUUUAACACUGGUUUACUUGAAAAACCUUGAUAUUUCCCAGGCCAGUUAACUUACAUGUUUUUUCCUAAUAUUAAAAAGAAUAAGUAAAAUAUUUCCGUAUGUAUUUUUUUUCUCUUACAAAGUAAAUUAUGUUUUAUAUUUUCUCUACGAGACCUUUAAUUUUCUCCAAAAUUAAAACUAUGACGAAAUUCUUUUUUCACUUUUUUUUAAAAAAAAAGAAAACUUUGUUCCUAAAACAUUCUUCUAUUACUUACUUACUUACGCUUGCUACUCCUGAUGGAGGAUAGGCUGCCGAAAAAAAAACAUUCUUCCAUGCAUAUCAUUAAAUCAUAACAAGGAGAACAGAAACAAACAGUAAUAAAAAACCCAACAAUCUUAUACAAUCAUUAUCGCUUUUAAUAACAGAUAUCUAUGAAGCAUUUUUUUAAAAGUGGUUUUAUAUAUUUUGUUGUUAUUCGUUCACUUUUUUUUCUUUUUUUAAGAUAAAAAUACACAAAGACUUUAGUGUAAUACUGAAAUUCACUGGAAAUUUCAAUUACUCUUUCAUUACAAGUAAUAACAAUAACAUAUCAUCUUAUGUAACCGUUUGUUGCUUUUUCUUUCUUCUUAAAAGUUAUUUGAAUUGAAACAUUCAAGUUUUUUUUAAUAUUUGGUUCUUAUAAACGAAAAUAUUACUUUUGAUGUCUUGUUAGUUUCUAUUGUUUUUCUUUAUUUUGUUGUUGUUGAUAAAAACAGAAUUUAAUCUAAUUUUUUUUCUGAUUUAUAAAAUAACGUGUUUUGUUAGUCUGUUUGUUUUUUUCUAAAACGAGGCGGAAGAGUGGAUCUGUGUGUGAGCGUAUUGUAACGACUGUGUCACCUGAAAAAAAUAUAUAUAUAUUCUGCCUACUCAUUCCCCCUGUGUGUGUAUGUGUGUAUUUUUUGUUGUUGUCAGCAUAUUGAUCAUUUACAUUUUUCCAUUCAUUUUAUUAUUGUCAUUUCAAACACUCUUAGAGAUAAGUUGUGAAUAGAAAAACUGUAUAAUUACGUUUUCAUUCUUUUUUUCAAGAAAAGAAUAAUAAAAAAAUUACCAGUUGUUACAAUAAACAAUUUUGAUGCAACGUCUAGAUCAUUGUGAAAAAUAAAAUGACACAACAGUUUAUUGAUAGAAAAUUAAUUAUAAAUUUAUAUAAUUUCUAUGGUUACGUUCAUAACCGUAAUGAAUGAAGCAAUAAAGAUAAGAAUUCAAGUGAGUGUAACGAAUAAUUAAAUCGACCACAACAGCAGUAAUUUCCAUCUGCAGGUUGAGGAACAGAUGAUUGCUUAUCAAAAUUUGAUCUAUUUAAACACAUUCUUUAAAAAAACAAAAACAAAUCCGAAGUACUAAUUAAAGCGAAAGAUAUUGGGUUUGACUGCUGAAGUGAACAUCAACUCUGAGAUCAAGUACAUCCAGCUGACGAAUCUU